CCAAAUCUAACAUGGCGUGAUAUGCAACAUAUUGUUUUGCGAACAGCAAAUCCAGUGCCACUGCUAAACAAUCCAGGCUGGUCAGUGAACGGUGUUGGUCGACGGAUUAAUAACAAAUUUGGAUACGGACUGAUGGAUGCGGAAGCACUUGUAAGGCUUGCACAAAUUUGGACGACGGUACCGGAACAACAUAUGUGCACAUACGAUUAUAAGCUGGAAAGACCGAAUCCACGGCCGUUAACGGGAAAUUUUCAAAUGAAUUUUUCCCUGGAAGUAAGUGGUUGUGAAUCGGGCACACCAGUCCUCUAUCUCGAACAUGUACAAGUACUGGCAACAAUACGAUUUGGUAAACGUGGUGAUUUGAAACUGACACUUUUUUCACCCCGCGGAACCUCAUCCGUCUUGCUGCCGCCUCGUCCACAGGAUUUCAAUCCAAGUGGUUUCCAUAAAUGGCCGUUUCUGUCCGUGCAAACAUGGGGUGAAGAUCCACGUGGAAUAUGGACUCUAAUGGUUGAAUCGGUCAGCACGAACAGGAAUGUUGGAGGUUGUAUACUUUUCUGUUUUUUUUUUGGUACGACGAGGAAUAAACCAAAACAGAAAUCUCUCUGCCAUUACUAUUUUUGGAAGGUGUAG